ACUAGGGAUGGCCCUGUGAGGCUCAGAGGACCACGGCAGGGAGGCACCGGUCAGCGGCGAGACUGAACUCGGUUCGCAGCUGCUGGGCUUGCCUGAGCCCUCCUGAUGAGUCCUGCUCGGCUCUCCCUCCACCGAGCAUGAGGCUGGGGGGCCAAUGGCCUCGUAGUGGAGAUCUGGAAGUUUGUUAGACGUCUGAUCAGAGCAGGAACCGGCCUGGGGACGACGGUGCUGGGCAGGCAACGCAACUCAAACUUGAAGACAUGAACUCCCCAAGGAGAACCACUUUGUGCUUCCUGAUUAUUGUGAUUUUUUCUUCCCGAGCUACACUGAACUUGAAGUUAGAGUCUAUUGUUUAUCCUUCGCUUCUCGGUGAACAUGAGCUAGCGAGGGAGGACCCAGUAAGGCACAAACGAGCUGUUGCCAUGAGUAGUCCUGCAGCUGAAGCGUUCACUGUUGACGUUGAGAUCAGUUUUGAAAAUGCCUCCUUCCUGGAGCCUAUCAGAGCUUACUUGAACAGCCUCAGUUUUCCAAUCCAAGGGAAUGACACUGACCCAGCUACCAACAUUUUGAGCAUGGAGGUGACAACAGUCUGCAGACCAGCUGGAAAUGAAAUCUGGUGCUCCUGUGAGACCGGCUAUAAGUGGCCUCAGGACAGGUGUCUCCACAAUCUCACUUGUCAAGGGCGUGAUGGCUCCCCCUGCAGUUGCCUUAAGGGACUGCCUCCCAAGGGACCAUUUUGCCAGCUCCAGGGAGCAGAUAUUACCCUAAGAAUGUCGGUCAGACUCAAUGUGGGCUUUCAAGAAGAUCUCAGGAACUCUUCCUCUGCCCUCUAUAGGUCCUACAAGACUGACUUGGAAACAGCGUUCUGGAAGGGCUACAGUAUUUUACCAGGCUUUAAAUCGGUGACCGUGACAGAAUUCAGGCCCGGAAGUGUGGUUGUGAUGUAUGAAGUCGUGACAACAAGAGCACCACCUGAAUUAAUGCAUAUAGCAAACAAGCAAGUCACACAGACCCUCAAUCAGACCUACAAGAUGGACAGCAAUUCCUACCAGGGUACUUACAGUAAUGAAACUAAGUUCUCCAUCACACCAGAAAUCAUCUUUGAAGGGGAUACGGUAACUCUGAUGUGUGAGAACGAAGUUUCAUCCUCCAACGUGUCCUGGCAGCACAUGGAAACGGGCUUCGACAUCCAGAACAGCAGCAGAUUCUCCAUCUACACCUCCGUGCUCAACAACACGACCUCCGUGUCUUGCCUCACCAUUCACAACAUCACUCAGGAUGAUGCGGGUGAAUAUAUUUGCAAACUGACAUUAGAUGUUUUUGAAUAUGAGUCCAGAAAAAAAGUAGAUGUUACAUCCAUCCAGAUUUUGGCAGAUGAAGACAUGAAGGUGAUGUGUGACAACAAUCCUGUGUCUUUGAACUGCUGCAGUGAGAUGAACGUGAAUUGGAGUCAAGUUGAAUGGAAGCAAGAGGGGAAUAUAAGCAUUCUAGGAAUCUCUGAAACAGGCAUAGACUCUGGCUGCAGCAGAUACACCCUCACGCCCAAUGGCACUCAGUGUCCGAGCAGGUCGUCUGGAAUGACAGUGGUCUACACGUGCGAGUUCAUCAGCGCCCACGGAGCCAGAGGCAGUAAGGACAUAAAAGUGACAUUCAUCUCUGUGGCCAAUCUAAAAAUAACCCCGGACCCAAUUUCUGUUUCUGAGGGACAAAGCUUUUCUAUAAAGUGCAUCAGUGAUGUGAGUAACUAUGAUGAGGUGUACUGGAACACUUCUGCUGGAAUUAAAAUAUACAAAAAGUUUUAUACCACGAGGAGGUAUCCUAAUAGAGCAGAGUCGGUGCUGACCGUGAAGACCUCAACUAGGGAGUGGAAUGGAACCUAUCACUGCAUAUUUCGAUAUAAGAAUUCGUACAGUGUUGUGGCCAAAGAUGUCACCAUCCACCCGCUGCCCCUAGAGCCUAAUAUCAUGGUUGAUCCUUUGGAAGCUGCAAUUCCAUGCACAAGCUCCCAUCCUAUCAAAUGCUGCAUUGAGGAGGAUGGACACUACAAGGUCACUUUCCAAGUGGGUUCCUCGUCCUUUCCACCUGCAAAAGAAGUUAAUGGAAAGCAAGUGUGCUACAAACACCAUUUCAUGGGAAACUCAGUUUCCUGUCCAGAAAAUGUGGAAGUGUUUUGUCACUUUACCAAUGCUGCUAAUAAUUCAGUCAGGAGCCCAUCAAUGAAGCUUAAUCUGGUUCCUGGGGAGAACAUCACAUGCCAAGAUCCUAUCAUAGGUGCUGGGGAGCCUGGAAAAGUCAUCCAGAAGCUUUGCCAGUUCUCGAACAUUCCCAGAAUCCCUGGGAGUCCCAUUGGCGGGAUCAUAACUUACAGAUGUGUGGGCUCCAAGUGGAAAGUCAAGAGAAACGACUGUAUUUCCGCCCCAAUAAAUAUUCUGCUCCAGCUGGCCGAGGCUUUGAUCAAGAGCCCCUCUCAGGAUGAGAAGCUCCCUUCGUACCUAAAGAAUCUUUCCAUUAGCACAAACCAGGUGAAACUUGAAGUCAGCUCAUUUCCUGGGAGCCUGGGAGCCAUUAUUAACAUCCUUGAUUUGCUGUCAACAGUUCCAACCCAAGUGAAUUCAGAAAUGAUGACGCACGUCCUCGCCACAGUCAGCGUCAUCCUGGGCAAGCCUGUCCUGAAUACCUGGAUGAUGUCACAACAGCAAAGGACCAGUCAGAGCUCACAGUUACUGGAUUCAGUGGAAAGAUUUUCCCGAGCCCUGAGGUCAGAAGAUAGCACCAUCUCCCAGCCUAAUGUACAGAUGAAGAGCAUGGUCAUAAAACCUGGCCACCCCAAAUCCUACAAACAGAGCUUUGUCUUCUUAGACUCUGACCUCUGGGGCAAUGUGACCAUUAAUGAAUGCCAGCUGGAACACCUGCAACCAGAUUCAUUUAUCGUCACUGUGGCUUUCCCAACUCUCAAGACCAUCCUCGUCCAGGAUGCUCCGGGAAAGAAUUUUGCAAACAGCUUAGUUAUGACAACCACUGUCAGCCACAAUAUAACUGCGCCAUUCAGGAUUUUGAUGACUUUCAAAAACAACAACCCUUCGGGCGGGGUACCUCGGUGUGUCUUCUGGAACUUCAACCUCAACAACCACACAGGGGGGUGGGACAGCAGUGGGUGUUAUGUGAAAGAAGUCGCCGAGGACAGUGUGUCCUGCAGCUGUGACCACCUCACCUCAUUCUCCAUCCUCAUGUCCCCUGAUUCCCCAGACCCUGAUUCUCUCCUGAAAAUACUACUGGAUAUCAUUUCCUACAUCGGGCUGUGCUUUUCCAUCUUGAGCUUAGCAGCCUGUCUCGUCGUGGAAGCCAUAGUGUGGAAAUCGGUGACCAAGAACCGGACUUCCUCCAUGCGUCACACCUGCAUCGUGAAUAUCGCUGCCUCCCUUCUGGUCGCCGACGUCUGGUUCAUCGCAGCCGCCGCCAUCCACGACCAUCACUACCCACUCAAUGAGACGGCCUGUGUGGCCGCCACCUUCUUCAUCCACUUCUUCUACCUCAGCGUCUUCUUCUGGAUGCUGACUCUGGGCCUCAUGCUCUUCUACCGCCUGGUUUUCAUCCUGCACGACACGAGCAAGUCCAUUCAGAAGGCUAUUGCCUUUUCUCUGGGCUACGGCUGCCCUCUGGUCAUCUCCGUCAUCACGGUGGGGGCCACCCAGCCCCGGGAGGUCUACACGCGGAAGAAUGCCUGUUGGCUCAACUGGGAGGACACCAAGGCCCUGCUGGCCUUUGUCAUCCCGGCACUGAUCAUCGUGGUGACCAACAUGACCAUCACGGCCGUGGUCAUUACCAAGAUCCUGCGACCUUCCAUCGGGGACAAACCCAGCAAGCAGGAGAAGAGCAGCCUGUUCCAGAUCACCAAGAGCAUCGGGGUCCUCACGCCGCUCUUGGGGCUCACCUGGGGGUUCGGUCUCGCCACCGUGUUCCAGGGGAGCAAUGCUGUGUUCCAUAUUGUAUUUACCCUCCUCAAUGCCUUCCAGGGAUUAUUCAUUUUACUCUUUGGAUGCCUCUGGGAUCAGAAGGUACAGGAAGCCUUGCUGAAUAAGUUUUCACUGUCGAGAUGGUCUUCACAGCACUCAAAGUCAACAUCCCUAGGUUCAUCCACACCUGUAUUUUCUAUGAGUUCUCCAAUAUCAAGAAGAUUUAACAAUUUGUUUGGUAAAACAGCAGCCCCAAAGGGCCCCCCAGGCAAUGAUGGAAACGUUGUUAGCCGUGGCGGUCCACCCAUCUGAUGGAACAUACAAUGUUUCCACCCCGGAAACAACCAGCUCAUCCGUGGAAAACACAUCCAGUGCCUAUUCAUUGCUCAACUGAGAACGUGGAUGUACUCUGAAAAAGAGAUCCUUCCCAAGCCUUGGAUAAAAUGUUUUCUCCACAGCCUUCUGGGAGCAGAUGCUGAAGAGACUUUCUCCUUAGGGAAGGGGCUUUCCUUUGCAAAGACAGACUAGAAGAAAUGUUACAUUUAUGUUGUAGCCCCAUCCCCACCCUUUGUGUGAUACCGCAUGUGUAUAGUAUUUAAGUGAAACUCAAGCCAACUUCUCUGUCUAUAUUGUAAAAUAGAAUUUCAGAGACAUUUUUACUUUUCACACCCUGGGCCCAAAGAUAAGCUUUAAUUAAAAUAAUAAGUGAAAGACUAGGACCUAGGAAAUACUUCAAUGAAUUCUAGGAAAGAAGGCAGGCAGGCAGGCAGGGAGGAGAGAAGGAAGGAAGAAGGGAAACAUGGAGGAAACUCAAAGGAAAAGAAAAAAAUCAAGAACAACGUAAAGACCACAUUUUAAGAUGUCCACGUUACUGACCUAAUACAAUUAUUACUCAGAUGCAGCCACACUGAAAAUUCAAAAAUGACUCCAAAAAGCAAACUGAAAAUUUGCCAUGGUUUUCUUAGCUAAGAGAGACCCCAAAAAAGGCAAUAAAAAAUGGAGAAAGAAAUUAUAUCAAGAUGCUUUCAAGUAGAUGAUAAUAUUUACAAGAAAUUCAUGGAAGAAGACAUGCUUCUCCUGAUGCUAAACAUAUACACAUACGCUACUGUAUGUUAAGGUCGGAGCUAAGGGGAGUGAAUAGGCAGAGAAAGUGCGACGACCGUGCUUUAUUAGAUCCCAGCAGACCAACUGCUGAUUACAUUUUUAUAGUUUAGCAGAAAAGCCUUACAUUUUGAUUCCACUUUUUGAAAGCAAAAAAUAUAUACUUUUAUAUGCAUUCAUUUCCAAAUGUGAUAUAUUGCACUGAAAUACAGACCCCACCCCUAACUGUCAUGUAUUUAACAGCUUUAACCAGGUACUUUUCUGUGCACGAUAGGCUAGAUUUUAAUGAUCUUUGUAUAUUAUUAUUGUGGUGGUUACUGUGGAUUUAGUGGCCCUGGGUGUGUUGUAUAGCUCUCUAUGUAUUCAUUCUUUCAGUUCCUAAGUUCCUAGACCAAUAUAUAUUGAGUUUUCUACUGUCUAAUUUGUGUUUAUUCCAAAACCUUGAAAAUCUUCUGGAAAGAAGUUUUACAGCUGGCUAGUCUGUGCUCCUGAUGACACUUUACCCUGAUGAACAGAUGGUAGAGAUUGUUUGUGAAUUAUGUGCCUGUGUGUAUUUUGCUUGUGUGUGUGCAUUUCAUAAAAAUACAAAUAUUUAUUAAACUAGCACCCAUAUCAAAGUUAACCAUGUACUGUAGCUACAGCAACCAAACAUCCCAAAUCAAAGUCUGAUCCCAAGGAGACAGUGAAAUAGAAUAAAAAUGUGGGGCUUCUCUGAAACGUGGGUUGUGUGGUCUUCGAAAGGACAAAUCUAAAUGGUCCAACCUUCCGGAAGAAAGGACAAAAGAGGCCGAGAUUCAGCAAACAUUUAUUUAUCAAGUUUCGAAAGAGUAUUCUUUUAAUGUUUUAACUCUUUAAAAUCUCUUCCUUUUAUUUUAAAUUUUAAAUUCUACUUUCAUCUCUUUUUUUUUUAUGGGGUGGGGGAGAUAGGACAGACAGAAGCCCUAAAAAUGUUUCAAGGAAAUGAAAUCUUUUUUCUACAUAUUCACAAAUGACAUAGACAUCUAUGCCCAGGGUUACCUGCACAUCGUCACAUCAUUAUCCCAACUGAAUAGUUCAUUAUUUAAAGUCCCUGAAGGAAAUGACUGUCAGGCUUAAAAUUCUCCCAGGAAUGAUCAACUCUGGGCAGAACUUGCUACUGAGAAGACAGACCCAGACGUUGGGUUGGAGGAUCAAUGGAUUUGGAUAUUAGGGAAAGAAUGGCUUUACUGACUUGCUUUCUGGGGUUCUAUCAGGGAGAAUGGAGGCACGGUUAGACAGGAUGUUCGCAUGGCCACCUUGCUGGGAUAGGCCAAGGAAAGCACAGCGCACUGGAGGCUGUGGUUCUCAUGCUCAGAACUGCUAAGUGACAAGCAACACUGACAUUCCACCCACUUCUGUAGGGAUCCUUUGGGAAUCAUUGGGUUUGACUUUGUGAAGGGGGCCUCUGUAAUGACAGGAACCUUCCUCAGGACUCCCCAGGAAGUGGACCUGGCUCUCUGCCCACAUUCAUUACCAGAGGCACGUUCCCUCACCUCCAACACACACACACAGGCGUGCACGUACCUCCCACCUUUCAAGUCACAAGACCGGAUCCAAAUUCCAGAAAAGCUAUACAAUCAAAAUAUUGGAGAAAUACGAUAAAUGCUGGUUUUCUUCUCAACUGCAAGAUACAUAGUUCAGCCAUGGCUUUUUGCCAAGAAAACCCUAAAAUAAGCAGCAGAAUUCAAAAUUGUAAAAAAGAGUGGUCCAUGAAUCUGUAAAUUAUAUGAAAGCAGGAGCUGUGCUUGGCCCCAAGGUCACCAGUUCUCAAUCAGCAACAAUUCCAAGGCUCUUUGCAGCAGAUUUCCGAGGGAAGGAAGAACAGAUGGAAGGAAGCAGAUUUCUGAGGGAAGGAGGAACAUGGGCUCUGGUGUUGAUACAAAGUGAGAUGUGGGGUCAGCUUGACUUGGAAAGCAGCCAGUACUUCCCCCCGUCCCUGAAAUCUCUCAGUGUAUAAAGUCCGUUCCGUGGGACGAAACCUUCUUGCAUUAAGGGAUGUUCUAUUAAGUCAGUUUCUUGCAAAGGGAUCUGUACUAAUGCUUCAGAGGUUGUGAGGUUGAAGCAUUCACCAAUGAGUAGUGAAUAUAAACUACAGAAAUAUUCUAAGCCCUGUAUAAUAGUCUAAGUGCGGGGUAACACAUCAUCUCUUGCGUGAGUCAUGUAUCUGCCAUCCUCCUCCCCAUGUCUUAUUGUUUACUUGGAGAAAGAGGUAAAUACCGGUCUGUGGGGAUUUCAGGAUGUAGGUUGCUAAGGCCAAAAAUUAAGAAACACUGUGGGCAGUCAUAGCCCUUUGUGGUUUGUGUAGGGAACUUCAGAGGGUUGGGAAGACUAAAAAAAAAGUUUCAUGGAGAUGAGAAAGAUUCUAGCAUCCAGCAAGUACAGAGGUGGGGGAAGGAGUUAUCGUAAAGUGGAAAAAAACGAGUGGAACAGAAAGUCACAACCAUUUGAAAAGAUAAAAGGAAACGAGGGUGGUCCUAGGAGUGCCAUGUAGGUGGAAGGCAUUUUAUUUGUGGCAGAUGAAGAUGAUGUCAAAUGGGGCUCUGCAUCCCCCAGAGAAAGUUAAUGACCCAGGCCUACAGAAGUCUGGUUCCCCAAGUGUCCAAAAUAAAGGCAGGGCUUUGAGUGGAUCCAUCUCUCUUACGUAUCUUUUGGACAUCAGUGAAAAUAGUGUCUCAUCAUCUCAACGAUGUUAGCUUUGACAUGAGAUGCUAUAGGUUUCUAAAAUUAUGACUUGGGAUUUUCAGUCAUGUCUUAAUAGCAUGCCAGCAUACAGCUCUGUGUC